AUGGGAAGCGACAGCGGCGCUGUCGGAGGAGGGAUCACAGAGGCGUUGCUGCCUGGGCACAAGGAGCAGCGCCAAGGCGUGGCGGAGGCGGGAGCCGGAGCUCUGGGGCUCCGGCCAUGGUACGAGUACCCUUCUACUGCGUCCAGGAUAUGUCGAGUCUCGCGAGCUUCUGGGGGAAAGGACCGUCACAGCAAGGUCUUUACUGCAAAGGGUCUCCGCGACCGUCGCGUUCGGCUGUCCGUCUCCACAGCAAUCCAGUUCUAUGACCUCCAGGACCGCCUCGGCUACGACCAGCCGAGCAAGGCAGUUGAGUGGCUGAUCAAGGCCGCUGCCGUCGCCAUCGCGGACCUUCCCUCCCUGGACGGCACCUUCCCCGACCAGCCGCUCCUCGAGGGGCAGCCGGGCAACGAGGGGAAACCAACCCGGAUGGCUGACGACGAUGAAGGUGUCGAGGUUGCCCAGUUUGAGUACGCCAACCAUCAUCAGGGGCAGGAACAGCACCGGCAGCAGCCGGAGCACCUCUCCCUCACAAAAUCCGCCUGUAGCAGCACCUCCGAGACUAGCAGGGGUUCUGUCUUGUCACUCUCCCGUUCAGAGAUCCGCAUCAAGGCCAGAGAACGCGCUAGGGAGAGGGCUGCCACGGCCAAGAAGGAGAAAGACAAGGACGGGGAUGAUGGUGAUACUCAGAUUGCCGCCGUGGCCCGUCACCAUAGCCUGAACCUAAAUCCUACCACUCAUAGCUCCUUCAUAGAGCUUCUUACUGGUGGUGGUAGCGGGCAUCAGCACCAGAAUCACAACCAUGGCCCCGUCACUGUUGCCCAAGCGAAUCCCGCCCACGAUUUCAACCUCAAGCAGCUGCGCCAAAUGCCUACAUCUUCUUCAGUUGUGACGGCUGACUACUUCAGUCAGGUAGGUCUCUUGGGGGGAGGAGAGAAAUCCCACCAGUCUCAUGGAUUUCCCGCUCAAGGCAACUUCAAUUUGGCCGCGGUUGCUGCAUCGACAACCGGGGAUCAUCCGGAAAUGUUGCAGCACCAGCAACAACAGCAGUUCUCUUUCUUGCCAGAUCACCUUAUCCCCUUAGCCGUUACGGCGUCAGGGGGAGAUUGCAUUAAUUUCUCUAUCUCUUCCGGUGUCACCGGGUUCAAUAGGGGGACCCUUCAGUCCAAUUUUCCGCCUCCCCAGCCUCUCCAACACCUUCAGAGGCUAUCUUCUCCGAUAGGUGGGUCAAACCUACCCUUCUUCCUUGGUGCAACCGUCCAGCCCACAUCAGCCGCGUGGGAGGCUCAGCUCCCGAACGGGUUUGAUAGUCGUCUACAGCUCUACUAUGACGGAUACCCGCACUUAGAUCUGAAGGGGAAAGAAAAAAGCUGA